AUGGCCCUGGUGCUCAGUCUCGUCGCCUGCACCCCGUCAUAUCCCGCGUUGCAUCACUCCACCCGAGUUCGCACCCCACCUGGUGUUACACCAGACGAAGUCAUAUCCGUCGUCAAAUCAGAGCUAGCUGUUGCCGCUCUAUACAACCAUGAGGACCUCAGCAGUACUCAAAAGUUGGUAAAGGCUUGGAGUGGAGCAACUCUGCUUUCUGUGCAAGUACCGCAGGGUCAGUCGCAAAACAACAUCGAUCGAACGGGCAAUUUGACAGUCACUUGCACGACUUGCUACUUCAAAGGCAUCGUGAAGGUCGGUCUUGAAGUGGACGACAACUUCAAUGUCACGGAAGCGGUGAAUGCCACUGUGAGCUCGAUCGGUAGCAAUGUCCGAAAUUUGACAGACUCUGUGGGAGACUAUCUGACAAACUACACUACGGGCGUCUUGUCAAAUGUUCAGGACGGCGUUGACGCAUCAGAUUUCGCGCUUCCCACAUUUCCAUUUGCAUUCGACCUCACCGUUCCCGAAAUACCGGAGACCCAUAUCAAGAUCCAGUUUGACGAGUUGGAGCUGUACCUAGAGCUAAAUACAGUGAUUUCAUACGGUGUGACUUAUGAGAUCAAUUUGUUCUCUUCAACAUCACCCUACGGCGUAAGGGUCGGGGACGUCUUGCAACUGGGGAUAGUUGCAGCUGUGGACCUCAUUAUGUCGAUCGAAUCAACGGAUAAAGUCGACAUCAGUACUGGAUUCCACAUCAAGCUCGAGGAUGGGAUCAUGUUUGAUCUCGCUCUUUUCAGUGAUAAGGUGUCGGACAUGGUCUUCAACGGCGGUCAAUUUGAGUUCCUUCCCGUCACCGUCGAAACUGCUGGAGUCAGCAUCGCAGCAGUCUUGCGAAUUGGUAUAUAUUGUGGCAUAGAAGUUGCUCCCACUGAAGCACCGGGCAAACUUCCCGGUGGACCUGAAGUUCGUGCUGGUAUAGAAGUGGCCUUGGUGGCUCAUGUUGCAGAAUCCAUCACGAACAUUACAUACGCACCAGACGAUAAAGACUGCAAGCUGAAAGUCGAGCAAGAAUACAACUUUGCUUUGGGCGCAAUUGCUGGUGCAUCGGUGGGACUCAAGGUGUCUUUGCUUGGGGUUCCCAUGCAAACGUUGGGUCCGGUUAUCACAACCUCGACGGCCAUCUUUACAUCGACUCUUCCUCCUGGAUGCGCGAUCUCAGCAUCGCCAAAAGUCUCGCCAUCGCAAAUUACUCUAGCGGCGAACAAACGCGGAGACCUCAGCACGAAGAUCUUGACAUCGAAAAUCACCACCAGCGGAGUGAGCUGCCAGUUAUCCGGUGUUAUCAACUGUCCUGUAUCCAUGCAAAAGACUAUCAAGACUACUUACACCAAGUACCACACUACUGCUGUACCCUCUGGGGCUGACCCAACAUUUCCCGCCUCCACAUUCGACAGCAUCGAAAGCUUGAAACCGUUCGGAACCCGUGUCGGCACGAUGCAAGUACUCUCUGGGAGCCCUACCCGUUUUACCGCCUCUGCCGAAGCUACGAAUGCGGACCCCACGCAUGCCAAGGAUGCUGGGACUAAGAGCAAUGGCAAUGGCAAGGAGAUAGGAAUCGGGGUUGGUGUCGGCUUGGGAGUACCGCUUAUAGCAGCUAUUGCGUGUGCAUUUGUGUAA